AUGACCCUGAAGAAACAUGCCCAAUACUCCAAAAUUGGGACGACCAUGGAUAUGCCAUGGAAAAUCGCAUUGAAUAACGUCAAGCUUGGAAUCGAUCUAUGGGAUCUUUUCACGAUCCGAACACUUCAUUUCAGACACAAGCACAAGCACAAGAACACCGCCCUUGUGUACCAACCCUUAAACAUAGCUCACCAAGGUACAGAUGGUCAGAGUGGUUGA